AUGGAUUUAAAAGAGUAUCAGUUUAAAGUUCUUGAUAUUGAUCCAAAUUCAUCGGUGGAAGAUGUUAAAAAAGCAUACAAGAGAAAAGUAUUAGAAUAUCAUCCGGAUAAAAAUCCAAAUAAUCCAAAUGCUAAAGAAAACUUUCAGCUAAUCCAGAAAGCAUACGAAAUAUUAUCAAAAGAUGAAGAAAGUGGUAGUCAAGUUAACUAUGAUAGUGAUGAUAGUAAUGAAGAUUUUACUUUUGAAGAUGGUACAAAAAUUUCAAAUGAAUAUCGUUCAAAAAUUAAAAAAUGGAUCGAAGAAUAUAAUAAUGAUCUUAUUAUUGAAGAUAAUUUUACAGAGGAAUUAAUAACAAUUACUAGUAAUCUGAUAGCAAAAUUCGGUCAUUUGGAACAAAUCUCGACCAAAUAUGUUGAAUGUGAUGUGUGUCAUCAAACAUUUUUGAAUGUGAUUAAUCAUAGAGAAGAUGUUGUGAGCACAUAUACAUCCCUUUUCGAUAAUCCGUUCAUACCGAGGCUAGAUGCGCUGUUGAGAAAGAAAAUACAUCAGACAAUAUGGUAUUGGAACCCAACAACACCUCAACAUACGAACUUAUUGUGCAGUAAUGAGUGGAAUCAACUAGUGAGUUAUGUUGAACAAAUAAUUGAACCUAUCCAAAUAGUAACAAAUCCUCCGUUGUAUAACGUAUAUCUGGAUAGAACGAGUGAGUUGUACAAAUCAAUUGAUAAGUUAGCUAGUCUUUUAGCAUCAGCAGAAUACAUAAAAUAUUUGCCGGAUCGAACAGUUGUUCAAUCACUUAGACAUGCAUUUGAUAAUAAAAAUAUGUCUCAAAUGUCUACGAAGAACAAUGAUAACGGUAGAAGUCCUUCUGGAUCAAAAGUAAACAUGUUUGAGCAUAAACAAACGAUAUUGAACAAUUAUAUGGAUGCAAACGAUCUAUACUAUAUUGUUCAAACUCCGCCUGAUCGUGUACAAAUGUGGACACAACGAGAAUGUAAUAUUUGCGAGAAAAAAUUUAACAUAUUUCGUCGUAAAUCACAUUGCCAAAUGUGUGGUACAUUACAAUGCAAAAACUGUCAAUCACUUCAAACAAUCCCUCAUUUGGGGUACAUAUAUCCUGUUAAAAUAUGUAAAAAAUGCAUUGAACAACGUUUGAAAAUCGAUAUAAAGAUUUUAAUGAACUAUGUGAUUAAACGCAUGCUUAAUAUUGAAAAUACUCGUAUUGGUGUUAUUUUGGCUCUUAUUCAAAGUUAUAAUUAUUCCGAUACUGAUACAUUUUUUCAGACAGUUGGCACACACUUUUCUACUUUGAAAAAUUAUACACUAGCUUUGCAAGCGUACUCUUAUGCGAGACUAGAUUGUUCAGAAUGGUUCAAAUUCGCAUUUGAUGCUUGUACAUCAUCGAAUUACGCAUUACUAUUAACUUGUAUUAAUACGUUGACAAAAUUAUAUAAAAAAGAUAAAGAAUUUUGGAUAGAAAAGAGUGAUGAGUAUGAAAAAAUGUCUAAUUCUACGUCAACAAUUAAUGAGUACACAAUUUUAUCUCUAGUAUGCUAUGAAUACGCUGAAACAACGAGUGAAAACCUGUUAAAAAUCUGUUUUAAAUAUGAUAAAAGUGAUCAAUGUGAUAAAUGUUUAUUCUAUCUGUUGUAUUUAAACAAAACAAUCAAAAUCAAUUGGAAUGUCAUGGGUCAAAAAUUAUUGAAAGAAUCUAAAAAUCAUCAUCGACUGGUCAUGUUUUUUUUUCAAUUAGCUGAACUGUCAACAGAUAGCUGGAUAGAUAUCCUGAACAUUCUAUGUACAGAAGGCGAGUAUAACAAAGUGGCAUUGCUAUUAAAUUCACUUGAUAAACUGAUAUUAUGCGAACUAAAUAAAUCCCAUGUAGAAAAUCAUGUUCUCUAUUGUUUAUUAAAAAUGUUGGUGAAUGAAAGUGUUGAUGAUUGGUUGUGUGAUGUUGUAUCGUUGAAGAGCAAUACUAAUACCACUAGCAGAACAGUCUGGUGUUUGGCAUUUAUCCACGUUUCUUUCAAGGUAGAAUCGUGGAUCACGUUAAGAAACCAUUAUUUCAGACAAAAACAAAAUGAUAAAUGGUUAUUAUGUCAUAAAAUGGGACACUUGUUGAAUGAGCCUACAGAUGAAAUGUUAGUGGAUGCACAGAUGUUAGAAGAAAAUGAACAAUUGGCAUUUGAAAUAUUAAGUUUAUCAGCGAAUACCGAUUGGAGAAUGUUAGGAGACGACUACUUUGAGAAGCAGAACUAUCAUUUAGCAUUGAGCAUCUAUUUACAACAAAAUGAUGAUGAUAUAUUCAGAUAUCUGUUAUUAAAAGCACAAUGUCUGACAGAUGAAGGCGAUCAUGACACAGCCAUAUUGUACAACACGGCUGUUUACAAAAAAAACAAAAAAAAUUACGAUUUAUUACCAACAGUGAUUCAUAGUAUUUGUCGGCUAUUGCUUAUAAAAGCAGAAGAUGUUGUUGAUAUUUUAAUUUCAACAAUGAAAGUAUAUCAUUGUAAGUCGAACAAACUGAACCUUUAUAAACUACACUUAUUAUUGAUCAAUGAAUUAUCGGAACCAACUUGUAUUAGCGGAGGAAUUCAUUUUCUUAAUAACACAUAUCCAGAGAAGAAAAAUACUGAAUUAGACGCAUUGACCAUAUCAAUCAACGAGCAUAUUAAUAGAAUGGUAGGUAAAAAUAUUCGCUACGCAAUAGAACAUGGAUCAUUUACAAAAUUAGCACAACAAUUGACUCAAAUAAACAAUGCACAAAUAUUGAGAAUAAUUGUGGAUGAAAAAAAUCUAGGGAUAUUACCGAAUAACCAACGUGCAAUGACCCACCUUAUUCGAGCACAAAUAUCAAAAUUAGAGAAUAAUUCUCUUGAAGUUGUAAAAGAACUGGAACAAGCUCUAUUAUGUUAUUAUUCAACUGAUGAAACUCUGAUUGAUGCAGUUGUGUUACUAUUAAAAAAUGUUUCUAUUCAACAUCGAAUACUAACUGAUAUCACAAAUUUAAAUUUAAAUUUGAAAAGUAACGUUGACUUCAUCGAUCCAUUAAUGACACCUACAAUAAUAUCCAACAUUGCUCUACCCAAAUUAUGUGUGUAUACCCAGGCAUUAAAAAAGUCGAAUCAUUCGUUAAAUUUAAUUCGAAAAUAUGAAAAAUCCAUCCUAAAACGAUCUGAUCAUUUGAAUUUAGCCUUUACUUACUUCGAUAUGUGUACAACUACUCAGAAUUCAACAUCUAUGAUAGCUAAUUUUGUAAUGGCUAGUAUACAUUUUUAUCAGUUAAUGAAUUCAACUUGUUCGAUUGAUAACAUCGCAGAGAUUUACGCCUAUAGAAAUACAAUUGUUGAAUGUUGCAGCAUUGUUUACUUUAUGGCGAAACGUCGUGUAGGGCCACACAUGCAAAUCUACUUUUAUAAACUAGCUAUUACGUUAAUUAUUAAAUCAAAUCAGAUACUAAAACGAUAUCUACCGAAACAAAAAGGAUCAACACAAGUAGUAAUCCUCAAAACUCAAAGUUUAUUUAUCACCAAAGUACUUGAAGAUCUUGUGACAACAUGUGAACUGGCACCAUUAACUGAACUACCAACAUCGGGCACAUUUGAUACAUUGUAUAUGGAUCUAAUAGGUGCAAAUUGUUUAUCAAAAUGUCUUGAACAGAUGGAAACCAUUUACAGUCAAUAUUUGCUUUUCUCUGGAAUAUGCAACGGAUGGAUUGAUGACAAGAAAUUUGAUACAUAUCGAUUAAACUGUAUGAACUCAUUAUUAGACACACGCCAGUGGACAAUGAACGAUGUACAACUCCUACUAGAUUACUCUCUUGUUCCACGUACAAAUGACGGUUGGUUAACGAACACUGUUCAACCGCUCAAUAUUCAUGGCAAAUAUAAAUUUUCCAAAGUGGAAGGUAUCAUGUUUAAUAUUGAGACUGGAAAUAUUAAUUUUUUAUUUCAACAAAGUAGAAACGAUAAGGAUUCUCUUUUCGGGAUAGAAGAUGUUGUUGAAAUAUUGACAAAUGGGAUUACAAGUUCGUUGUUUACACUAGACCAAGCUGAACCCGUUGAAUAUGAAUCACAUCCAUUUCAAGAAAUGAAAUAUGCCCCACAAAGUUUAGCACACACCCACUAUUUAAAAACACAAUUACAUUGUUAUUAUUUACUACAAAUGAUACUAAUGGGAACCGAAGCAUGUUCAAAGAUACCGUUUCAAAUGAGAAACAUGUCAACAACACAAUUGUCCAAAUCAUUAAAACCGAUGUGCAAUGCGACAUUUGUGUCGAUUGAAUCUGGCGAAAUUCUCUAUCAAGAAACUUACGAUGAAGAUAAGAUUCACUACCAUUUCGGUGAUGUCAAAAUGACAAUCACAGUUGACGAGCAUACUUUAGAUGAAUGUUCGUAUACUGAUAU